AUGUUGAAGCAAAUUGUGGACCCUCAGAAGCGAGGAAGUGAGGUCCUAACAAUGUGGAUCCCGACACCCAGCAUGACUCUCCCACAGCGGAUGGUGCUGUACGGGACGUGUGCAGUGGCACUGGUGAACUCUGUGGGCCUCCUUGUACUCAUGGUCCAGCAGAAUCAGCAGCGUGCAUGGCUGGAGCAGACAGAAGCGAGGCUCACAGAGGUGGAACAGAGCUCCGUGGUGGAGUUUUUCCAGGAGCUGCCAAGAGGAGCCGCUGGACUCAGAGCGGGCCCCGGGGACUAUUCCCAAUCCCAGCAGUACCCAAGGAACAAGAGGAGCGAGGGGCUGGAGAAGGAUCUGCAGCAGGAGCAUCGACGUGAAGAAGAAAAGGAGCUCCAGCUGAAGGAGGCCAGCCAAGAAGUUCUGGAGGAAAAAGUGGAACUAAAACAUGAUUUGAAGCAAAAGCAUCGACACAGCCACCAUUACAAAACACAGGAUGAAAUGAUGAUGAUGAUGACUUACUCCAUGGUGCCGAUCAAAUUGUUAAUUGACAUCUGUAACAGCACCAAAGGAGUUUGCCUUGCUGGACCACCAGGACCGCCAGGCUUGCCUGGAUUGCCAGGCCACAAUGGCACUGAUGGCAUUCCAGGACUGAAUGGAUCGCCUGGAGCUGAUGGAAAGAGAGGGAAAAAGGGACCUCCAGGUGAAAAAGGAGAGCCAGGUGAAAAAGGAGAGCAAGGAGAGCCUGGACCACCAGGAGAGGCGCCUGAAGCGUCCAAUGAUGUCAUUAUUGAGGGGCCACCUGGUCCCCCUGGCCCUCCGGGACCCCCUGGGCCUAUGGGACCUCCUGGGCCUCAAGGGCCGCCCAGGACGAGGCAGCACAGAGCUCACCUGCAGACCGCCCACACUAUUGGGUUGAUGCAUUCAGUACCAAACGAUGAAACCUUGACUGUGAAAGAGGCUUUGAAACAACAGGGAAACCCCGCUAAGAAGAAUGAAUGCCUCAUUAAGUCUCUGAUAAAUCCCAGAAAUGUGGCGAAGAUGGAAACCACAUUUGGCACUUGGAUGAAAGACAGCGCUCACCCGAACGAUGAGAGAAUAUGGGUGGCAGAACACUUCUCAGGCCGUUUGGUGAAAGAGUACCAAAGUAUGGCUGCUUUCCACAACAACAGCAGUGAGAUGGUGGAUGUUAAAAAGUUUUACCAAGGCUGUGGUCACACCGUCCACAAUGGCUCUUUCUAUUAUCAUAUAGCUGGGACUUCUACUAUCGCCAGAUUUGACUUCAGAACCAGGAGGCUUCACACUCUCUUUAUAGACAACGCCUUGUUCAACAACCUUUCAUAUCUGCUGACCAACUCUAAGACCUAUUUCAAACUGGCAGCAGAUGAAAAUGGCCUGUGGUUGAUAUUUGCCUCCAGAGUAGAUGAGAGCAUCAUGGUAGCCCAGCUGGACCAGAAGACCUUCUCCAUCACGUCCUACAUCAACACCACCUACCCCCGCGCCAAGGCCGGCAAUGCUUUCAUCGCCUGUGGUGUGUUGUACGUCACAGACAUCAAGGACGCUAGAGUCACCUUUGCUUUUGACUUGCUGAAGGGAAAGGCAGUCAAUAUGACAUUUGACUUAAGGUCUGCAGAGGGAGUUUUGGCUAUGCUCUCCUACAGCCCGAAGGACAGGCACCUGUAUGUGUGGGACCAGAGCUACGUCAGGCUUUACGUGGUCCAUUACAUCUCGGAUGAGUGAUAAUGACAGAGACACAACUAUUACAUCAUGCGCUUAAAGCAAAUCCUCUGUUGACAAGCCAUGCACUAUAUUUAGAAGAACAUUUCCUUUGUAAACUUUACUCUUUAUUAUCUUAAAGGAACCUUCAGUCCAAAUAAGUCUGAAUAUAUUCUGAAUAUGGGUUUCUAAGCAGUGAGCUGACAUUAGUUCAUUAUAUUUCUGCAUUACUUGUAUGCAUUCAAAGUUUGCUUUUACUGUUACUAACAGAUUGAAUGCUUA